CGGGUGAGUGCAACAGUUACCGGUCAAUGCCGGGGUAGUGAUGCGAGAAUUUCCAGCUGCUGUCAUGUUGCUGAAAAGAUUGAUGCAGCAAGAUACUCGGGGAAAGAAACUGCUGUAGCAAUUGAUCAUCACAAUCAUUACAAAGGCACAAAUACUACAUUUAAAAACAGACCGAGAUGUUGGGUGCUUGAUGCCCCGUAAAAAGAAGCUCAGCCAAUCCAAGAAACCACCCUUGCUGUUCCUGCAGAGUCCACCAAAGGCAGAAAAGUACAAGCAAGUCUUGUCUCUACCAUCCGCAGUAAAUCCCCGCCAAGUUUCCUGUAUGCCUGUUGACCAGAGAUCUGCAUUCAAGUGGGUGCUGCCAGAGUUUGAUACUACAACACCAAGAUGCGAACAAAAAUCUAAUAGAGUGAAACAGCAUAAAAUCUACAGCAAACAGAGUACUUCAUCAAAAACGGGUUCUGUGAGAAAACUGCACAGUUUUGUUCCUUUGACACUUCUGGGAAAUGGAGGGAUACCUGUUCAGAAGGAAAACGACAAAGUUGAAUUUAGCACCUGUCAGAAUGUUCAAACCAGUGGAAAAGUUGCAUUCAAAACAAAUAAAACAUCAUUCUUGGGAAGCAAGAGCCAACGGUGUAAAGUUGGCACCUUUGGAAAAGCUCAGAAUUUGGAUGCUCUGGACAAGCAGGAAUGUAGUCUAAGACCUGCAGCAAAGAGAAAUUUGGUUGGCAAAAGUACAGCUGGGAAUAUACCUGUGAAAAGCUCUAGUUUCUGCCCUCCAUUGAAUUCAAUCAACAAUCAAAUGGGAGUAGACUCAGAUGAAACAGAAAUUUCACUUUCAGAGCACUCUUCUCAGUCCUCUGAUGAGUUUGCUCUACCACAUGUUAGCACUCCCACAGCUGAUGGCAUGCCCUCGCCAGCCACCUUCCAGAAAAAUAUUUGUGGUGUACUAAGAAAUAAUGAAUUGAAUAAACACAAUAUAACUCCUCUCCCUUGUGGACUGUUAGACUGCUUAGACAAGUGUUCUGGACUAAAUGACUUUUCUGAAGAAGCUGCAUCAGCAGAUGUUUUAGUCCGGGACACACCAGAACAUGAAUAUGGACUCAAAGCAACUUGGCGAAGAAGGCCACAUAUUAUGCAGUACCUGAAAGAUCAUGGAAAAUUGACCAGCACUAAUGUGCUUGUUGGCUCUUAAAGUUGCAUUCUCAGUUUUAUUUUGUUAUGUAGAUUGCAAUCUAUGCAUUUAAAAAAAAUUACCAUUGGAAUUGUGAUUAAACCAGUUUAUGUGAAGUAAGAAUCUGUAGCAGGAUUACCCUUUAAAUGGUAGCUGCAAAUAUUGCAAUGCAGUUUAUUUAAAACUUUCUCAGAGUUCAAAACAACAUUUUAAUCUACAACUUCUACACCUUGCAGAUUUGGACAGCUUUGUCCCAGAUUCAGUUUCAAAUGUCUGAUGAAGUGUUAUGUUCAGAGUGGUAAAAAUAAUAUUAUCUUUGCCUGAUGUCCACUAUAUUCCUGUGUUACAGUUCUGUUUUAAAUGGUCAUCCAGUUGUCUGUUAAAGGAAUUUUGUUUUAAUUCCAGAUUGUUAAGAUAACAGUAAUUUGGUCUUCAAGCUAAGAGCCCUAUUCAUGGGUUUAGUCAGUUUCUAAGGUGUUUCAAUUUUGUCAAUAAAACUGCUUGAAAUCUGGAAAUUGGUAAUUUCGAAUAAGUCUCAAUGUCGUAAAUUAAAACAUUACAUAACUGUACCUGUUUUUUUUCUAAAAUUAAUUUUACCAUGCCUUUCUAUUGAAUUAUGGUGACACUUGCCAAUUUCACACCUUGAAUAUGUACUUUACAUAAAUCCCCCAAAUCAAUGUACAGCAAACUGAAAUAAAA